AUGACCGACCAUAUAAUUAUAAUGCCCCCGAGACACACUUUGAAGGCCACUCAGGGCAUGCCUGGCACCCUCGGUGGUUUCCUCUUGCGCUUCCUUCAGUUCUCCUUCGCCGUCGUUUCCCUCUCCGUCAUGGCCACCACCUCCGAUUUCCCUUCCGUCACUGCCUUCCGCUACCUAGUUGCUGCUGUCAGCUUGCAGAGCUUGUGGAGCCUCUCUUUGGCAGUUGCUGAUAUUUAUGCCAUUUUAGUACAGCGUGGCUACCGAAAUGUUAUAAUGGUCCGCUUAUUCUCUAUUGGUGAUGGGAUUACUUCAACACUUACAUUUUCUGCAGCCUGUGCUUCUGCUGGUAUCACAGUUCUCAUUGGCAAUGAUUUGAAUGAUUGUGCGCAGAACCAUUGCAGCAGGUUUGAAACAGCAACGGCAAUGGCUUUUAUGAGUUGGUUUGCUGCUUCUCCCUCAUUUAUUUUGAAUUUCUGGACACUGGCCUCCAAAUAG